UUUGACCUUUCUUCAUCUCUUCUCUCCACACUCUUCUACCCAUAAAAGAUAUAUAUUCUCAUUUACACUAUCCUGCCUUUGUAAAAUCCUCUCGUACUACCCUUCUAGCAACGUAUGUUCAAACAGCUAAUGCCAACACGACAGCUCGAAAGUGUAUUCUGAUCUAUUGUGUGCUCCCCUAGCAACGUCCCUCACUUAUUCCAAAGGGAAGAAGAAGUGGUUUUUUCCUCCCUGAGAGAUCUUACUGUCUUCCUUCAUCUGUGAUGGCUUUAUACAUGUGAUGCCCUACAAGCUAAUACUGCCUUUCACGGAAGCACUUUAAAGCCCUACAUUGUUGCUCCUGGAGUCAUAUAAGUGAAACAUACUCAGUGUAACAGCAGCAUAGGUGCUCUGCGUGCGCACGAUAAUCUAAUGGUCUACACAGAAAUGGACUUAAGAGUGCAUAUGAGCAGGUAAAAACUCAUCCUGUUCCAAUUCUUUUGAGGGUCCCAAGAAAUAGAGCCGCCGGGAAGAAGCCAGGUACGUUGCUUUAACAGGUCCCACAAAGCCCAAAGACCACAGGCGGCACAUCUCUGCAUUUAAAAAAAAAAAAGUGACAUAGCGAGUUGUGAUGAAGUCAUUCUCAGGAAAUACUGUUCUCUGUGCAGCGUCAGUCACACAAGCUUAUUUGUGCUAGCAUAAAUCUGUUAGUGGCUGAUCGGCUGUGCCUUGUCUAGAAGAGGAUAAACUGUCUAAUGCAUCCCAGCCCCUUUUAGGCUAGGGGAACAAACGUGCCUUAAGUUAUCUGAGAAUUCCUGUAUGUCUGUCUUGCUUUUACUGCACUUGGGACAGACACGGACCAGAGAAGAGCUAAACAGGAUAUAUUUGGCAAGCACUUUAACUGUUUAAAUAGAUGAAAGGAGGUACAGCAUAAAGUCAAACACAGCUGAAAAAUUAUACUCACAAUGGAAAUAAGCUCCUGAUGCGUGUUUUGCUGGCACUAAAGAUAAACCAUAGCUUAAAGCACCACAACAAAAACAUAAAGUUCAGCAUUAGGAGAUGACGACACCACAAGGAACCCACCUAAAGGUAUUAAAAUAUCUAUGUGUAAUCUGGUUUCUUUUAAAAGUCUCUUUUGAAUGCCAGUGCUGCCACUGACACUAGCACCACAAGUAGUCUGCUCUUACAGUACCAUUUGACUCUGCAGCCUCAUAUGAAGAAAUUAAAAAAAAAAAAAAAGUCUGAAAAACUCUUUGUUUCACUUUAUGGUUCUUCCAUUUUAGCCACAUCUAAAGGGAAAUUCAUGGACAAUAUAAAGUAUUUUGGAUUCAGUCAGGAUCAUCAUGGAACUUGUGCGGUAGAUAUCCUUAAGCUCUGAUUUUCAUUUAUGUGGCAUGAGCAGAUAGGGAUGACACGUGUCUAUCAUUAAUUGGAGAAAAAAAAAGGAAAGGCCUUCUGUCAGAGAUAUGAUCAUGAUACACAUUCAUAUCACAUGUAAGAGCAGUUACAGCUUUAUGAGCAGAGUUUGAGAGAUGUGUGUACCAUUGCCAUCAUCUUAAGUACUAUUUUUUCACAUUGUGAUAGCAGCUGCAAGAUCUAUUUUGCUACGAGCUGAGCAAGCGCAUAUCAAAGUCAGCAUCUUGCCAUGAAGCACUCACAUGGGAGGGUUUUACACCCCGACUGUUUAUUGGGAGUUUUAAGACUGAUACCCUAUGCUUCCAUCUGUCAUUAAAAAGGGGGAAAACAUACUUCAAAUAAAACACACUCAAAGGACAAAAGCUAUACAUGUUUUACUUUGUUCCUCAUAGCAGCGCAAUGCCUUUGAACCUAAGCCAUGUAAUGUAUGUUCCUAUGUGUAGAGGACAACAAGUUUAGUUCUCAUUUUGCUUUAUCUGGUGAGAAAAAUACUAAAUACUAAAAUUCUUUUUAUCAGCCAUGCAUAGCUUUUACUUACACAUUGUAAAGUAUUUUUACUUAGACUGGGAAUGCAUCACCAAGAUUUGUUUUCCUCCCCUUCCAAAACAAGGUACUGCAAAGUCAGAUUAUCUGCCCAGGUCAGUAACAGCUGGUAGUAAUACCCAAACCUCCUGGCAGAAAGGUCUGUAGUUCUAGCCAUUUAAUCAUGUUUCCUGGCAUGCCUGAACUAAUAGUAAGGGAGAGAAGAACAAAUAAACAACACAAAAGCAACACGCAGCUAUGGCCUUUCCACAGUCUCUGAAAGAAAGAUUAGGAUCUAAAGCAAUGACAUGCACAAAUCCACAAUUUCCAUUUUAUAACAGGCCAGCACUGCUAAGAUGCAGGUGCUCAGUAGCCUUCAGGACAAACAUAAACCUAAUCUUGAAAAAUAACAUUUUGGAAAUCUCAUUUUAAAUUAAAAACACUGUAAAGACAAUUAUUCCAGGCUUUUUAGAACUUGAAAGCAAUCUCCAUUUGCACUGAUCAAAACCACUUUACUGCUCUGUUUCUAACUCUUCACUUUCCUGCUUUCCCAGCUCCACAAAGAUUGUCUAAAACAAAAUCAGAAGAUACUAGGCACUUUGCACUGUUCCUGACAACUUCUCUUCUUUCCUGCACUUCUAAAACCUCUGACUUGUGCCCUCUGCUUUCUUGCUGCCAUGGAGAAGGUCCAAUACAUAACCCGCUCUGCUCUGAGGAGAGCCUCAACUAUUGAGGUCAACCCACAAGCACGCCAAAGGCUCCAGGAGCUCUUUGUGAAUUUCUGCCUGAUUUUAAUUUGCCUCUUGCUGAUCUGCAUCAUUGUGAUGCUCCUCUGAAGCUCCAGCACUUCUCCGCACUGUCCUCUAGCAAAGUCACCCCAAAGGGAAGAGACCAGCACCAGAAACUCCCAAUGCAAGGAUCCUCUUGCGAGAGGGGCUAGCGCUUGGACUAAAGUCGUAUGCCACCACCGCACCAUUCUCUUACUACCCACUAUAUAUAUUAAAAACCCACUUCUGUGCCGAACAGUGUUGAGCGCCUAUUGUUACAAAGCUGUGCAUGACCUAAUUUAUUUGUCUCGGUUGAGAGAUACCUUUUCUGAAUGUUGUAAAGUACUGCUUUUUCACUAGUUGGUAAGCUUCCUCAUGUUUUAGUCAGAUCAAUUGUACGCACAAACAAUAACUUUACUUCUUUGAGCCUAAAUGACUAUAGGUUUCCCUGAACAUUUUUAAGUCAUUGGACAUGUUUUUAAAUUAGGCCUAAGUUCACUCAAAGAAGAUGUAUGCACACAGAUUUGAAUACAUUGUAGAAAAUUUUCUGUUCUGCUUACUUCAAGACACUACAUCUUUGCACUACCAACUGAAGUUAUUCAAAAAAAUUGAGUAUUUUUAAAAUAAUCUGAGAAUAAAGCAAAACAAAGUCUUCUCACCUAGAAACAGAAUAUGACAUAACUUCUUUACUCCUUGUUUAAGGUAUCUAAAAUAUAUACAACUUGGUAUCUGAAUAAAAAAAUUUACAGAUUCAACUACACUGUUUUCCAUAGUUCCGCUUUCACCAGAUACAUCCGUAGAGAACGAAAUAACACCUGGAAAGAUUUGUCACCAUGUUUUUGCAGAAAAAUUGAAACUACUAAAUGGGUUUCAAAGUUCUAAUUUUCUGCGACCACUUAACUAGCAUAACACCUGGCACAACUAUAAACUGAAGAAGUGCUCUAUGCUCUUAAUAUUUGGCUUUAGACAACUUCAGCAUGGCCUGCUAUAAUAUAUGCAAAAUUUCCUUAGUUUAACACCACAGCAAAUUCGUUAUUUGUCAAUAUCACUCAAGGUUCCUUAUAUUUGAUAUGGUAAAUAAAAAGUUUUGGGCCACUAUUUUGAGUAAAGUUACCUCAUACAAAUACAAGUAACACCACUACCCUCAACUGCAAAUGCCUCGUUAGAGAAUAGAUAAGUAUUUUGCUAAAAUAAAUGGUCCACGUCUUUAUGUAUAGGAGAGAGAACAUGGCAGAAUAAUUUCUUCAAGUCUGCAAACCACAGUAUAUGUGAAGUUCUCUAUUCCCACACUUCUCAGUAACAAGACUGAGCACUAAACUUCCAGACCUCCCAUGUGUUGCUGGUGUUAAACCAAAUUCCUAAAAACUGCAACAUGUUCAAAUUUAAUGAAAGCUCAAAAAUCAAUAUACAGAGGUCAAAUGGAUAUCUAUUUUUAAUAGCUUCUUUCUACAUGACUCUAUGCAACCAAUCCUAUGGAUAAACUUGUUUUGACUUCCUGAAUUUAUCUUUAUCUUGAACUCUGCCUUUAAGACUUCACAUGACGUGAAGAGAGGUUGACAACGGUAAACAACUCAGCAGGCUGGAAAGAAAUCACUGGAAAACCUAUACUCGGUGUAAUGCAAAUGAGUAUAGUGGUGAUGCACUUCCGAACUGGCAAAUAAAUAAUGUAGAAACCAGAUCCCCGAAAAGACAGUAAAUGCUGCCGGAAAUUAGUGACCACAUGAGCAUUAAGGCAAGCACUGAUGAUAUAGGCAGUCUUACACCAGGAAAAAAUUAUGGGUCAUAACAAUUACUGAUUACAAGCACUUCAAAACAUAAAACAUAUUUGAAUCUUGAAUCCACCACUGAAGAUCACACUAGACACUUGACAUCAUCCUCUCUCAUCGUCAUACCCUAUCUUCACUAUAGGAAUUUUUGCCUGCUUUCACCCUUUUGUGUGAAACUAGUUACCAACAGACCAUUAUCCUAAGCAAUAUAGCUACAUUUCUUGCCAGCAAAGAAAAGAAUUGCCUGUUACUCUUUAUUUAGUAUAUGGUUACCAAAAACGUCAAGAGGACAAUAGGUUUAUGUAUGUGUAUGUGAGUGUAUAUGUAUGUGUAUAUAUAUAUAUAUAUACACACACACAAAAAUACAUAAACACUCAUACUCUCAUCGUUUCAUGAUAACGUAUGAAUAUUGCUGAUGAGAACUGUCAAUAUAAAUUUCAAUUUCAGGCAUUCUGACUACUCUCACAGAAGUAGGAGAUUUUAGUGAGCACAUUUUCCCUAUUAAUUCUUCUUUUUAAGAAAGGAAGGGGAAAAAAAAAUCCGCAAAAACACAGGGAACUACUUAGGUGGAAAGUAGUAGGAAAAUGUAAAGUUACUUUCCUCUCUUUUUAAAAUUUGUAUUUUUGUGUAUGGAUAGGGUUUCCAGUUUUAGUUUGCUCUGAAGCAGUUUCAAAAAAACAAAACAACACAAAAAAACCUUCCACCAAAAAUACACAACAUUUUUACAGUAUUGAAAGUUUCCUGAGGAGGAGAAAUGUUAAAGAGUAAAUUACCAAUACGCACGUUUAUGAGAAUAUGUUGGGGUUAUAGCCUCCACAAGAAUCAAUUCUAUAUAGAGGUCACAGCAAAGCACUCCUAAAAAAGUCAUUAUUUUUUUUAAAAGAGUAAGCAAGAACAAAACCAAGAUAUAAAGAAACUGGAAGCCCUACUGUUAUUUUAUGACAAUGCAGAUAAAUCGCAUGUACUGUAAGGUCACAUUGGUGUCUUAGAGUUCUGCUGAUAUAAAAACUGCUAUCAUGCUCCAUGCUACAAAAUAUCAACUGAAAUAGAGAUUAAAAAAAAGCCUUUUGUACAUAGCACAUUCUUCUUUGUAUACUUAUGAGAGCUUUAAAACUAGCACCUACUGUAUUUUUUGCUAAUUGUUGGAAAAGAUAUUAACGCAUUAAAUAAGAUAUUCAAAUACAACAGAGUUUAGAAGAAGUGUUCACUGUAGUAUAUACUUAUAAGUUACAUGAAAGAAUUAGUCAUCAGGAAGCUUUCUGAUUCUUUAUAGCUCUGCUUAUCCUGUUUUGGUUUUGAACAGUAAAUUUGCUCACUUUGCUAUGAGCAAAUCAUUUAUGUAUACUUAACUUAUUCUCAACUAGUGCACAUAAAUGAUGAUGCGUUUUAGGAAAGUAUAAGCAAAAAGUUCGCUACUUCUAUGCGGCAUAAUAAAAAUUCCAAACACAACAGGUGCCUUGGGUUAAGUUUUCAUUUCUCCAUUUCACUCCUCUCCGUGCUACAUAUUUUUGCAAUUUUAUCUUACA